AUGGUAGUUGACAUGGAUGUGGAAGAAUUGUUAAUCGUGGGAGAUUCUGGCUUGAUUAUUUGGCAAGCUCAAGGUGAAUGGGAAACUCAGGAUAUCAAGCUUAUCCCAUACAUGCAACAUGUUGAAGAGCUUAGCAAAUGGUUCAAUUUUGUUGAAUUUAGGUACAUCCCUCGAUUCCACAAUGAGUUAGCUGACAUGUUAGCUAUUUUGGCCUCGAUGCUGCUGAAUCCGAGCAAUGUCCACAUUGACCCACUGGAAAUCCAAAUCCGAGAAAGAUAUGGUUAUUGCAAUACAGUUGAGAUGGAACCAGAUAUUUAG